AUGGUGAACGGGACCGCGGCGGUGCUGGAGCCCACAUUCACGGGGUAUGUGGCCACCACGCAGGAUGCACUGAUUUUGUUCGAGGCUUGCUUGACCGGUGUCUUGCACCAUGUUCCACGUCGACCCCAUGAUCGUGAACGGAGCCACUUGGUGCGCAGUGGUAGCGUCUUCAUUUACGAGGAGAACUCUUCAGGUAUAAAGCGCUGGACCGACGGUGUGACCUGGUCGCCCAGUCGCAUCCUCGGCAACUUCCUGGUCUAUCGCGAACUCGAGAAACCCUUCCCUCCCGGGGAAAAGAAGCGCGCCAUGAAGAAGGCCAAUCGACGACCAGUCCCCGCCACCAGACCCGGCGAGCCAUACCCGCGACACGAUAGCAACGGCUCCGGUUACUCCCCCACAUCACCAUCAGGUCCGUUUGGCGACAACCGAGCACCACACCAGUCGGAGGUGGAGCGGGCAUUGGUGGGGUCGCUGGUAGACUCGUACGGCUUCAAGGACUCGGGCUUGGUCAAGAAGACCAUGAGCGUUACCGUCAUGGGCGUCACGCACCAUCUCGUGUCGUACUACAGCGUGGAGGACGUGAUGCGCGGUGUACUCAACCCUCCGUCCAUGGUCGAAUCCUUGCGCUACAUUCGGCCGCGAGCCGAGCUCACUCAAAAACAAAGCUUCCGUGCUCCGAUCGAUGACCUGGAGACCAGCGCUAUGGAGAACCCCCACGACCCCUCACAUGCCGCACUCUAUGGUUACCGGCCGCAGCAGAUGAUGGCCCCGCCCAGCGCUUACGGUAUGCCCAACCCAUCUGCCGAUUUCUACAUGCACGCUGGCCCCUAUGCUGCUACGCAUGCCCCGCAACAACCUGGCCCGCUCGCCAGCUAUUCGAUGGCCGGUUCGAUGCCUGGCCAGCCCGCACCAAACCCCUAUCUUCCCUCGCCUGCGGCUGCGGCCGCCAACACUGCCGCGAUGGGUCCCAAGCCCGAAGACUAUCACGCGUUCCGUGCGGGACCUUACGGCGGUAGUAUGGACAGCGUCAGCCACAGCGCCCUGUCUUCCAGUAUCCCAGGCAUGAACACGGCGCUAUCAUCCUCCUUCAGCGAGCGCAACCGUUCGGCCUCGGAACACAGUCCAUCUGCCUACCGCAAUUCAUCCAUUUCCUCGCGCAGUGUCGCGACCGAUGCGACCUCCCCCAUGGAUCCCUCCACGCCUGGAACAUACUCGCGCAGCAGCUUCAGUCUGUCCAGCCAGCUGGAUGCUAGCAACCCCAAUACUCCCAUCGAGACCCGCGGUAUCGGCCCCUUGAUCCCAAUGUGCCACGACGCGACUCGAAUCCAGUGCACCCGUCCUACUAUGCCCCGGACCGCAGCCAGUAUUACGUGA